ACGAAGUCGAGACCAAACUCAGACAGCAACCUGUGAACCGACAGCAGUUGGAUCGAGCUGUCCUGAUUUGCCCAAAACAUCUGUCCCUCAGUUCAAUUUCCAUUCUACCCAUUCCGCCAACUCCAAGAAUCAAACUCUCCUGCAGAAGCCCCCCACUUGUCGGUGGAGCAGCUGCCACCGCAAGUGUCGGAGUUCCUGCCUUUCUGAUGUUCAUCAUGCAUUGACCUUCGCUUGAAGAGGGGUUGGCUGCUUAGCUUCCGGUUCAUGGAAUUGGGGGAGACGGAGAUGGGGAAUCGACCCAGCUGGAGAAAAUGGAAGUCUUUUGUCCAUUUGAGGUCUCUGUGGAAAUGGGUCUUCGGCUUCGGGCUCCAGGGAAUGAAGGGUCACUGUAAAUUUUCGAUCUUCAGCUCGUUCAAUGGAGUUCUUGCAAUUGGGUCUUUUCUGUCCUUCCUGUUAGCCAUAACAUUUGCCUACUUGUUAGUGUUCCCCAAGUUUCGUGCACCGAUCCGCACUUAUGAGGUUCCCAGGUCGAAUGGUUCGGCGAGUGAGUGUAAUUUGUUUGAAGGAGGUUGGGUCCGAGAUGAGCGUUACCCUCUGUACAAUGCUUCUGAAUGUCCCUUUGCAGAGCGGGGAUUCGAUUGUUUAUCCAACGGCCGCAAAGAUCGGGGCUUUAUGAAGUGGCGGUGGAAACCCAAGCAUUGUGAUAUUCCUCGGUUCAACGUGCGCCAAAUUCUCGAAUAUCUGAGAGGGAAACGUGUGGUUUUUGCCGGUGAUUCCUUGAGCCGGACGCAGUGGGAGUCUUUUAUCUGUAUGCUCAUGACAGGAGUGGAGGAUAAGAAGAGUGUGUAUGAGGUCAAUGGGAAUAAAAUCACUAAGCAGAUUAGGUUCCUUGGUGUGAGAUUCAGUUCGCACAAUUUCAGGGUCGAUUUCUAUCGGUCAGUCUUCCUCGUGCAGCCAGGUCCUGUCCCGAGACGAGCACCCAAGAGGGUCAAGAAAGUAGUUAAGCUCGAUAAGUUGGAUGAUAUUAGCAACGAGUGGAUCGAUUCGGAUGUUCUGGUGUUCAAUUCAGGGCACUGGUGGACUCCUACUAAGCUCUUUGACAUGGGCUGGUAUUUUCAGAAAGGAGGGUCUUUAAAGCUUGGGAUGCCCAUAUCUUCGGCUUUUAGUACAGCAUUGGAGACGUGGGUUUCUUGGGUGGAGAACAACAUCAAUACAAAUAGAACAGCAAUGUUCUUCCGAACCUUCGAGUCUUCUCAUUGGAGUGGCAGGAACCGGAACUCAUGCAAAGUUACCAGACGCCCUUCUACAAAGACCAACAAGAAGGACCGCAGCUGGAUUUCGGAGGCAAUAAUCAAGGUUGUCAAGAAAAUGACGGUUCGUAUGACUGUCCUCCAUGUCACAAGAAUGGGUGCAUAUAGAAGUGAUGCACACGUCGGAACAUGGAGCGAUAAUCCCUCGGUUCCCGAUUGCAGCCACUGGUGCCUUCCCGGAGUUCCCGAUGCAUGGAACGAGAUUCUCAUCUCAUAUCUGUUAAUGAAGAACCGAUAAUAUGUCCAGUAAAUGAUCUUAGUUCGGAUAGAUAAACCCAGGUGAGUUAUACUGCUAAUCACUCCGUGCAUGCCGUAAUUUUUCUGCAGCAGUUGUUUUUUCCGUUUUCAUUGGACAAUCUCUACUGCUGUAGUUUUGUCGUGCAUUUAGCCUUAGGUUGCAUUUGAUACGAUAGUCGUGUAAUAUUCGCAAUGCGUAGCUCAGUUGUUUUAUUGAGUUUGGUAAGUAUAUUGAAUUCCGGGGAUGUCACACCCUCUGGAAACGGAAUAAAUGUUUGUCGAUGUUAAUGUUUA